ACUCUCAAACCCUCUCUCUCUCUCUCUCUCUCUCUGAAAAAAACUCCCUCUCUCUCACUCUCUCAAACAAUCGAUCAGAAAUGGGCGGUUUAUCAAUCGACACUUCCGGCGACUGCUCCCACCCGCACACACACAAGGUCUUCCUCCUCAGCAACUACAUCCUCCUCGGCGGUGCCUCCAGUUGCAUCUUCCUCACCCUCUCCCUCCGCCUCUUUCCCUCCUUGAUCGGCUUCCUCUUCAUCCUCCUCCACAUCGUCACCAUCGGCGGCGCUGUCUCCGGCUGCGCCGCCGCCUCCCGCGCCUCCUCCGGCUCCUCUGCCGGUAAAUUCUACGGCGCGCACAUGGUCGCGACAGUCCUCACCGCGAUCUUCCAGGGAUCCGCCUCCGUCCUCAUCUUCACCCGCCCCUCCGAUUUCCUAAGCCACCUGAAAUCCUACGUCAGGGAGGAGGACGGCGUGGUGAUACUGAAGCUCGCCGGCGGAUUGUGCGUGCUGAUUUUCUGCUUGGAGUGGGUGGUGCUGACGCUCGCGUUUUUCCUCAAUUACUACGCUUAUGUGGAGAGGAAGGGAGGAAAUGGAGGUUACGCGGCGAGGAGCGGGAAGGUGCAGGAUGAUGAGGAUUUGAAGAGCUAUCCAUGGCCGUUUCAGGUCUAAAAUGCGCCGUUGAUUUGGGGGAAUUUGAUUUUCGUAUUUGUUUUUGUAUUGUAUGGCGAUGGUGGUUUAUCGCUGUAAUGCUAUUAUUCAAUAUUCAAUUAAUUAUUUAUAAAUUCUGAUUAUUCA